UACUUUCUUGUUUCUUCCAUCCCCUCUCGCAUUCAGCAUUGCAAUGUCUUCUUCCUCAAGCAGCAGGUCAAGCGAUAGCAGUGUAAAUCUCAACAAGAAAAAGACGAACAGCGCAGAAAAGAAGAAGAAGGCCAUUGCUGACUAUUCCUGUGAUUGGAAUAUUGGUGUGGUUGAGGUUCUGAUCAACGUAUACAAGCAAUACGUUGAUAAAAAAGUCGAGGCCGGUCACUCCAGCCACAUCCAUUUCGAGUGCAAGGAAUGGAGGAGUAUGUGUGACACAUUCCAAGCCGAACUGAGACACCAUUUCUGGUUCGACGAGAAUCAGCCUAUUGAAGUUUCAGAAAUGCGCAGCAAGAUAACGGCUAUGAAAAACGCUCCAUCUCCUGAACUGGAGGCUAUUAAAAAUGAUAAUGUUGAGCUGUGGGAGAAGUGGUGCAAGUGUUGUUCUCUUACGGAAAACACUGGUAAGAGCGGCUCGAUCAAAACACAAAGCUCCCGUAAAACAAGUACAACCAGAGCUGUGAAAUCUGGUCUCCAAAAACUGGAAGUGACAAAGGUGUGUGAUGAUGCAUUUGCAAUCCUGAAUGAUAUGGAUAUCAAACCUGAUGUCUACAUGCGAGCUGCGACAAUGAUAGUCAAUACUGAAGAUCAUUAUAUAGUUAAGGAGUUCACUCAACUCAACAAAUCUGACCGACUUUCCUAUUUGAUGAACGUCAUGCUUCAAAACUAG